AUGGGCGCCCCCCAGUCUAAGGGCUCUGCAACACUGGGACCCUUCGAUGCGGCUCGGAUCUUUACAUUUCCCGAUGGGCUGUGGUUGGUGAGCGCGGACCACUUCGCAGAUGAUGCCCUGGUGGAUUUUCAGUUUCUGACCCAAGAUCAGCAGCAAGAGGCCCAAGAAAGCCUUGAAAAUGAACUGGCAGCUGAUGCAGACCGUGCUGUAGGGUGCCUUCUGGGUUUGGCUAUAGGCGAUGCCCUUGGUGCUCCUUUGGAGUUCCAUCCGGUCCGCUACAAGGGUGAUCCGGACUAUUUCAAGUAUUCACCCCCAGCAGGCUUUGACGAGGCACUCUGGCAGGACAAGUCGGAGAUGCGGGAGACCAAUCGCUUUUUGUUGCAAAUGGGCCAGUGGACUGAUGAUACAGCUAUGGCCUUGUGUUUGGCAGACUCACUGUUAGCACACAAUGGCUUGCAUCCCAGAGAUCUUCGGCUGAGAUUCCUAGCGUGGUGGAGACUGGGGUACAACAACGCUUUUCGAUUGGAUGCAGACCGAGCACGUCUUUGGGGCAGCCGUGCCUCUAUUGGAUGCGGCGGCAUCGUGGGUGAAUCACUGCAAGAGUUCAGGACGGGCCCCGGCGCAGCAGACUACACAAAGACGGGCACCGUCCACUCUAAUGGCAACGGCUCGUUGAUGCGUAAUGCCCCUGUUCCAAUCUUGUACCAUCGUGACUUACAUGUAGCCAUGGAAGCUGCGUGGCGGCAAUCGAAGACUACACAUCAGGGUGACGAAGCCGCUGAUUGUGCGCGUCUUCUGACUUGGAUAUGCGUCAAUGCCAUGGUGUCUGGUUCUGGCAAGGCAGUAUUGCAGAAUCUUGACAACUUCCCAGCGCGUUUCUACUCAACCAAAUGUCUAGCGCAGUCACAGCAAGAAGACCGCUGCGCGGACAACACUGAGGCGGACCUCGCUGACAGGGACUGGCGAUGGCGAAGCCACGGCUACAGAUACUCACCCAAGCGUGCUCAUGCUGAUCCAGGAUAUGCAGGCAGCUAUGCGAUGGACUGCCUGGCCAUGGCUUUGCAUUGCGUGCAUGUGACCGACAGCUUCGAGACUGCGCUGCUCCAUGCUGCGAAUUUGUGCGGUGAUGCAGAUACCGUCUCAGUGCAGAUUCCCUCUUGCGAGAUGGAUGACGGGGUGGCUGCAGUCUUGGAUCAGCUGGGCGUGCAGUGCGAUGUUGCGGCCCGGGCCGGACCUUUCUCUCUCCACGUGGUGGCCAAGACGGCGAAUCCUCGGGCCGAUGGUGAAGACAUUGUUUACGAGUGCUGCGAGGCCUCCUGCUACUGCGCUCUUCGACAGGACGACAAGAACGGGGCGCCGCAGCCUCUGGCCUCGACGAAGCUUCGCCACAAGCUCCUUCAGAGGCUGGGUGUUCAACUCGUGCAGAUCAACGUGUGGGAGUGGAAUCGACUGAGUGAGGCACAGCGCGUGAACUACAUGGUGAAGAUGCAGUCCCUCUGA